AUGAUUAUUGACAGAGACUCCACCUAUUUCGAGUUGUUUCCAUACAUAUUCAUUGUGUUUGGCGUGUAUGUGGCCUGGGGGUCAGUCUUCCAACAUGGACCCGAGGAGUGGUGGAUGUCGCAGCCCAGUAUAGGCACUCGCAAAGAAGCGUUUUCGUGGGUGCGUUCGAUGCUUCGAUCUGUUGUUUCAACACAGGACUGGGUUCUUGAAGGGUAUACCAAGUAUUCCAAACGCAACACUUACUUCACCGUUCCCAUCAUGGACCGCGCUAGGAUGACGAUCAUCCCGCAGGCUCAACUAAGAGAAAUCUAUAGCCUUCCUGAGACUAUCCUCGAUGCAGUCAAUACAAAUUCAGCGUUGAUUCAGUCGCCUUGGACAAUCUGGGAUUCCAAAGUCGCACCAAAUGACAGCAAUAUACUAGUAAACACCAUACGUAACCGGAUUACAAGGAGUCUAGGUGUUCUCACGCCCCGAAUCGCCGCUGAGCUUAACAGAGGCUUCGAACGCGAAUGGGGCUCUUCGACAGGACAGUGGAAGACAAUACAUGCGUGGGAUUCGCCUAUGAGUAUCAUCGCCGGAGCGGCUAACAGUGCUUUUUAUGGACUUCCGCUCUGUCGUAACAUACACCUCUUAGCCCGCCUUCAAAUACAUGCAAAGGUGCUGUUCUUCGGCUCUGUACUUCUCAAUUGUACACCACCAUUUUUGAGGUUCAUACCCGGAUAUUUCAUUGCGUGGACCUGCUACAUCAUCUUCCGCUCAAUAGCAGUUAUCACAUCAUCUGAAAUAAAUAAAAGGCUUCGUGAUACUGCUCAGCGACGAGAAGGUUCUAAUAAACUAGAGGCUCCUCCAGAAGAUGCCCUUCAGUGGUGUAUCGAAGAGAGCUAUGCUACGGGCGAUUUAGAUCACCUAAAGCCCUUGAGAGUCGCUCUCCGCCUAGUGUAUCUCAAUGAUAUAUCCACGCAUUCUACUAGCUUUACGGCAGCAAAUGUGAUACUCGAUCUAGCAUGCUCAGAUCCAUCUCUGGGUUAUAUUGCGGCCUUGCGCGAAGAAAGCGCAAGAGUUUUGAAAGCCGCCAAUGGUGCAUGGACGAGAGAGGCAGUCUCAGAACUCAAACUAAUUGACUCGACUAUUAGAGAGUCAAUGAGAAUGUCCCCGUUCAAUAGCAUAGGCGUGCCAAGGACGGUCGUCGAUGCGCACGGUAUAGUUGUUCGACAGGGUAAUUCAAUUAUGAAACUUCCUCAAGGUACCAUAAUUGGUUUGCCAGUAACGCCGGUCCAGUACGACGAAGAAUUUUAUCCCAACGCUAAGGAGUUCAACCCUUUCCGGUUUGUUUCGGAUGCUAUACCCUCUCGAGACCCAUGCUCACUUUCUGGCACGUCUGAGAAGUCUGCGGGUACUAAGCGAAACGAGAAGACCAGCGUGAUGAUUGACGAACACUUCCUUCACUUCGGUUUCGGAAAGCACGCGUGUCCAGGGCGUUUCUUCGCACUACAAGAAGUGAAGCUCUUCGUGGCGCACAUGGUACUACACUACGAUAUUGAACACCUAGCGGCCGGUAGGCCAAAGAUGAAGUCUAUUCUAUGGCUUAAUGCACCUAUCUUGGGAAAUUUCAAUGUUAGGGUGCGGAAGAGAGACCCAGUUGAGCUUAAUUAUUGA